AUGUACUUGGAAGUCUCUCUUUUUGAUCUCUUUUGUCACAUCUUCCUUCUUCAGAUUAAUCGUCCUAUAUCAAUGAAAAAAGAGGUUAUCCAGACACGCAAUCGGAAGCUUACAAAAGCCAAGCGACGCAAAGAUAUGGACAACUUUUCAGAGCUAAUGCGUUCAUCUGCUGGCGGCGUGGCAUCGACCUCUACUGCUGGCCUUCUUCCUCCGCCAGCUGGCAUAGUGCCGCCGUUAGCCGUCGACAUGGUCCAUCUUCUUGGAAGCGUCCCCCCAACACCGGUAUUCCCCUUCCCGCCAAACACCUGUUUACACUCCGGGCCCUAUCUCGCUCCGCAUCCACACUACGCCUUUCCUUCUCACUCCCAUCAUCAGCAGCUGCAACAGAACCACCAAAGUCCAGUCCACUUCUCGCCUGUAUAUCCCUAUGCGGUCCCGAUCCGACGGCAUGCACUCCUCGAGGAGCAAGACACAAAAGCUGUGUUUGAUGUCGUCUCGUUCUCACAAACAAAUGCAGCCGGUAUAACCGGCAAUUGCAGCAAUAAUACUGCAACCACAGCAUCCGAAGAAAUUUACGAUGGUUUGGCGACCAAGUGCCUCACGAAUGGAAACCUGAUGGGCUUGGAGCAAAACGCCCGACAAACGGAACCAAGAUCUUGUAUAGCCAGUACGUGUAGCGAAAUGGCUUUUGCCAGAUCCAUCUCCUAUCCUCAUCUUCAGAGUGACCUGAGCUCUUCUUUGCAUUCCUCAAUGGUGGUCAUGCCUCCACAUUCUUCCCCCCCUCCUCCCUCUUCCCAAGAUGUGGCCAUUGCAGCUCAUCUAACGCAAUCUAUUGUCCCACUGCAACACCCAUUAACGCACCAGGUCAAAUAUUCUAUGGAAUCAGACAUAUCUAGGGAAGAGACCUCCUUCUCUGGGUCGUCGAAUGCUGCCUGUUCUCCAAACUUCAGCCCUGUUGAAAUCAAGCACUGUAAACCCUGCAGCGGUGUAGUUCAAGAGGCCGGUGAUGGCAUAGCAGCAGCAACUGCUGCUGCCGCCGCAGUUGCAGGCUACUUUCGCAGCCAGAUUCCUGCUACUGGAAUGAAAGGCAUAUUCUACUCAGGAUACACGGUUAAGCAGAAGCCCAGAGGCCUUGGGCUGAGGAAGACUCAGAAUAUGGGGCCUAACAAUGAGGACCAAUAUGGGUAUGAAGAGGAAGAAGGAAUUGAAGAAGACGGCGAAGAGGAAGACGAGGAAGAAGAAGAGGAAGCAAGUCAAGAGGAGAAGGACGAGGUCGAAAUUGCGCUAGAAAAGGGUCAGAAUACACUAAAUAGUAUCCCAAUAAUAGACAUAGCUGAAGAUGAUAAAGACGAUUAUAAGGGUGAGCAGGAACCUGGGGGAUUAGUAAGACUUAAUCAAAAUGGGGACAUAAAUUUUUCUAUCAGAGAAAACAGCUACUCUUGUUCAGUAGCUCAGGGUGACAGACAAAGAGUGGACCAGGUGGAUACAACCCUCCGUAUCAAGCUGGACGGACCUUCACUCUUUUUAGAAGAGCCAAUCAACUCUGCUCUCACCACAUCGCCUCCUAGGUCAACUUUGUCAGUAGAUGUGAAUCCGCGUAGAGAGUUAGAUCAGGGAAAAAGAACAAUGACCAGUCUCAACAACCAGAUGGAAAUAGAGCAAGGAACAGGAAAGUUAGUACUAUUAAGAAAUUCUGCACAGUUCAGGAAGACCGAUAGCCUCUAUAUCGAGAAACACUUUUUUCAAUCAGACUUUUCAACAACAUUAGGCGAUAUCAGUGACUUGGCUGACCACAACAAAAUCUCCCGGUCUACAACAAUGGCAGACGAGCAAGGUGUUCUAGGGCAAGGCAGAUUGCAUAUAUGUGACACAACAGAGCCGAAUUUCAGUGUAUGUGACCACCAGGUAAUAGGAGCUAAGGGACGCCGGUACGAGGAAACGACCUGUUUAGGCCUGUCUAAUUACAAAUAG